CCACCAGCAGGGGUCGCAACAGCCGGAUUUCCUCCUUCGGCCUCCUCGGGAUUCUUCGGCAGUGCUCGGCAGGUAACGGUCGCUACGUUCAAAUGUUCGGCUGGAGAUUGAAGUGAAGAAAGGGCAGAAGAAAAGCAGAAACCGGAGCACAUAGACGGAGUGUGGACGCGGAAUGACGGUGCUGCAGGAACCUGUCCAGGCUGCAGUGUGGCAGGCUCUGAACCACUAUGCCUACCUGGACGCUGUUUUCCUCGCUGAGAGACUCUACGCCGAAGUGCGUUCAGAGGAGGCGCUCUACCUGCUGGCCACCUGCUAUUACCGCUCUGGGAAGCCAUAUAAAGCCUACCGACUACUGAAAGCUCACAGCUGCUCCACACCGCAGGUUCGAUUCCUGCUGGCAAAGUGCUGCGUGGAACUGAGCAAGUUGGCUGAGGGAGAACAGGUUCUGAUUGGUGGAGUGCUGAACAAACAGAAGAGUCAGGAUGACAUCAUCACAGAGUUUGGAGACUCCGCCUCUUUCACGUUGUCAUUACUGGGUCAUAUUUACUGUAAGACAGAUCGUGUUGCCAAAGGUGCCGACUGUUUCCAGAGGAGUUUGACUCUCAACCCGUUCCUCUGGUCACCUUUCCAGAACCUCUGUCACCUAGGAGAGAAACCAGACCCAGAUCAGGUCUUCAGGUUGUCGGCUCUACAGAACUCCUCAGUAGCACCACCCCCUUCCUCUGUAAGCCCCGCCCAGAUCCCCUCACAUCGCCUAGACACGGCUCUCAUGGAGACACCACAGGACACAUUGGAGCUGAAUCGUUUGAAUCUGGAAUCUUCAAAUGGAAAGCUGGCGUCUGAAUUGUCGGUUUCCUACAUCGACUCCUCCCUCAUCUCCCCCGACACCGGCUCACUGCUGGGUAACACGGUCUCCAUGGCGACAGCUGGCUCUCUUUUGGCUAAACAAAACAAGCCAAAGAGUGGGCGGAGUUUAUUGGGGGGACCUGCAGCCCUCAGCCCAUUGACGCCCAGCUUCGGCAUCCUGCCCCUGGAUCCCAGCCCAGGAGACCCCACAUAUCUACAGAACUAUUCAUCUACAAUGGAAACACAAACCACAGCUCCCAGCAAGAAGUCUGUCUCCAGGAUCAGCCAGUCCAAGUCCGUCUUCUGCCAGAGUGGUAAUAGUCGAGAUGUUCUUCCCAUCCCCUUCAACCAAUCACAGACCUCUGCCCCUCACACAAGCGGUGCCCCUCAGGUUCUCAGUCCCAGUAUGUCCGGUCCUCCCAACGUUCAGCCUAGGAGGAGCUCCAGACUGUUUACAAGUGCCAGUUCCACUGCCAAGGAGAACAGUAAGAAGCUAAAGAUGAAGUUUCCUACAAAGAUCCCCAACAGGAAAACUAAAUGUAAAGCAGCGAAGACGUCGAACAGCAGCAACUUGAACGAGAGUCUGGACAUCCUGAGACUGGAUCCCAGUCUGAGCCUGGCGGACACCAGAAUCCCCCAGUACCAGAGAGCUGCAGCAGACAGCGUCAUGGCGUUGCUACGGGAACUGGGGCGGGGUUACCAGGCACUGUGCUCUUACAACUGCAGAGAAGCCAUCCACAUCUUGACCUCCCUGCCCCCCCAGCACUACAACACCGGCUGGGUCCUCACACACAUCGGACGGGCCUACUUCGAGCUGGCCGAAUACACACAGGCGGAGCGUCUUUUUGGUGAAGUUCGAAGGAUCGAGUCGUACCGCGUUGAAGGGAUGGAGAUUUAUUCCACAACUCUGUGGCACCUGCAGAAAGAUGUGGCUUUGUCCGCUCUGUCCAAAGACCUGACAGACAUGGAUAAGAACUGUCCAGAGGCCUGGUGUGUUGCAGGUAAUUGUUUCAGUCUUCAGAGGGAACACGACGUGGCCAUCAAGUUUUUCCAGAGAGCCAUCCAGGUGGACCCGUCCUUUGCGUAUGCUUACACUCUUUUGGGUCAUGAGUUUGUUCUGACUGAGGAGUUGGACCGAGCUCUUGCCUGCUUCAGAAAUGCCAUCAGAGUCAACAACAGACACUACAAUGCUUGGUACGGACUCGGGAUGAUAUACUACAAACAGGAAAAGUUCAACUUGGCAGAAAUUCACUUUAAGAAGGCUCUGAGCAUCAACCCUCAGAGCUCUGUGCUGCUCUGCCACAUCGGCGUGGUGCAGCAUGCUUUGAAGAAGUCCGAUGCUGCUUUAGAGACUCUAAACAGAGCUAUCGGGAUUGACCCCAAAAACCCCCUCUGCAAGUUCCACCGAGCCUCCAUCCUGUUUGCCAAUGACAAGUACAAGGCAGCCCUUCAGGAGUUGGAGGAAUUGAAGCAGAUUGUCCCCAAAGAGUCUCUGGUUUACUUCCUCAUAGGAAAGGUGUAUAAGAAGCUUGGCCAGACUCACCUGGCUCUGAUGAACUUCAGCUGGGCCAUGGAUCUAGACCCUAAAGGAGCCAACAACCAGAUCAAAGAAGCCAUUGAUAAAAGAUACCUGCCAGAGGAUGAAGGUACUACCACAGAUCAAUCAUUCUGAUCAGUGAUGUCACAGCAGGUGGUCCCUCCCACAGCGGCCGAGGUGGACGACAGUCAGGACAGCAGCAUCAUGACGGACGCUGACGACACGCAGCUCCACACGGCGGAGAGCGACGACGUUCUCUAACCCCGCCUCCUCCUUAUACCCCGCCUCCUGCUUCUGCUGCCCUUCUCUGGUUGGCUAGAGGAGUACUGUUGCUAGGCAACAUUCUAACAGAUCUUCUCCUUAGCGCCACUCAGCUCUCCACCUUGUAUUCUGAUUGGCUGGAAAUGACUGCUGCUGACCUUAAGCCCCACCCCUUCAUCCUUGCCUUCCUUUUAUGUCACAGAGUUUGUCCUCUGACAUCACAACUGUUUUUUUAUGUUCUUUUUAUCAUCCUGAUGGAAAUAAAACAAUAAAAACAUUUAAACCCCG